UCAAGCAAGCUGUAGGGUAGUUGACUAUACAGCCUUUGCUUCCACACCUCAGCAGCAAGAUGUCGAUCUACAACUGGGCAAAGUACGACCCCAAGUACUACCUGAAUGGAGCGUUGUGCGGAGGGAUUUGCUGCUCCAUCACCCACGGUGCUUUGUGCCCUGUGGAUGUGGUGAAGACUCGUAUCCAACUUGACCCCAUCAAGUACCAGGGUGGAUUGUUGAGUGUCGGAAGGCAAGUCGUCGCUGAAGAAGGUGCCUCAGUGCUCGCUACAGGUCUGGGACCAACAGCGGCUGGUUACUUCGUGCAGGGAUGGUUCAAGUUUGGAGGCAACGAGUUUUUCAAGAUCCAGUUUUGCCAGUCUUUGGGUGACCAAAAGGCGUGGGACAGAAAGGCUUUCAUCAUGCUUGGAGCAUCUGCCUGUGCUGAGUUCAUUGCAGAUAUCUUCCUGUGCCCUUUGGAAGCUGCUCGCAUUCGUCAAGUGUCUGACCCCACAUUCCCCAAGGGCACGUUCACUGCAAUGAAGGAGUUGAUGGCCAGGGAGGGAAUCAUGGGUUGGUAUGCGGGUCUUGUGCCCAUUCUCUUCAAGCAGAUCCCUUACACCAUGGCCAAGUUUGCAGUUCAAGGUAACACUGAGAUUGCCAUUUACGCCAGCUUGCCGACCAAGAGAGAGAACUUGAGCCAUGCUUCCAAGAUGGGCGUGUCUGUUACUUCCGGCUUCAUUGCGGGGGUGGCAGCUGCGAUCAUUUCACAUCCUGCCGAUUCUCUCCUUUCCAAGAUCAACAAGAAGGGGGCAGGCGGUGACGGUGGCAUGGUUUCUCGCUUGUGGAACAUCGCCAAAGAGACUGGUUUCGCGAAGCUUUGCACCACAGGUCUUGGACCAAGGUGCAUCAUGAUCGGCACCCUGACAGCGGGCCAGUUCUUGAUUUUCGACACGUUGAUGCCCAUUAUGGGAGUUGAGAAAUUCCACUUCCACGACCCAUCAAAGCCUCACUGAGCAUUCUACGAGAGACUGAGAGACGCGUUUUGUCCCGUUGACCACUCAGCCGACGGUCAGAUAAACUCUCAAUGAAACUCUCAAUGGAGAUCAUUGAUUGAAAAAAGAUUGACAGAAAAAAUAAGAUAUGGAAGACGUCAAUGUGGUCAAGAGCAUCGAAACGGCUGGAAUGGGUUUGGAUGCUGAGGAGUUGAAGACAGCAAAGUAUGCACAGGUGAGCAACGUCAUAAACCUCUAUGAAAGAAUUUAGGUAGGACUUAAGAUUAUGAAUCUGUGCGAAAGGAAAACUGCAGUUGGGGAAAGCUUGGCGAAAGGUUUGGAGAAAGGCUCUGAUUUUUUGAUGAAUGGAUUUUGUUGCGAAAGGGUUGGCGAAGAGGUUUUCAGUACAAAGCAUGUCAUCCAAAGAUUCCUGAUAACCAGGCGAAAGGUUGGCGAAAGGUUCGCGAAGAUGUGGCGAAAGCAGUGGUUGCAGAUUAGGAAUGAUUCCCCUUUGCUGAUACUUUUCUUAGAUGUAAGUAGCAGAAACUCGGCGAAAGGGUUAGCUAAAGAGGUUGUCGGGUGAAGUGGGUCGGCGAAAGCAAAACAUGCAGC